AUGUCAAGAUCAUCGUCAAAUCGUUCAGCUAACAGUGGAUUAAAAAAUUCUUCUGCUAAAUCUCAUCAUUAUAGAUCAAUGCCGACUAUAUUUAAAAAUAGUCGAUCAUCAAAAAAACAACAUUCUUUAAUUUUAAAUAAUGCAGAUUUUGAAAUUUGUCAAGUACCAAAUGAAAGUGAAAUGUUUGAAAUUACACAACAUUCAAAUACUGAAGGAAGUAAUAAUACAAAUCAAUUAGAAACAACGACAUCCGAUAAUACUCUUACUGAUCGACAAGAACAAUCUGCAAACGUGUAUAACAAUUCUCCAACGACAUCUCAUGACAAAUUUUCAAUCUCACAAUUGAAAACUCGAUUGAUACCAUAUAGAUAUGAAAAUACAAAGAAAGAUGAAAAUGGUCAUGACAAAAAUCAAGGUUUUCUGUUGAUUAAUCAAGCUGAUGAUGAUUUGGUUUUAAUACACAAUGAUAAUGUUGAUCAACAACAUACACGUCAUUCUGAACCAUGUGAACAUGGACGAAUCGAUGAAGAUAAUGUUGAUGUGAGCCAAAUUCAAUUAAUACCAACUACACCAAUUACACCUAGUUUAUUACCGCCACAACAAUCAUCACUAAUUUCUGCUAUAUCACCUGUCGUAAAUCACUUGUUUCAUGAACCAGAUGUUCAAGCAACACAAGCUGGUGUUGAAUGUGCUACACCUAUUUAUGAUGAAUCUAAUGAACAGGAUACACAAUUAUCAGCAACAAAUUCAUCUUCAUCAACAAAUUCAUCAAAUAAUGAUCCACAAUUGACUGAGAUUGAUCGGUCAACACUUAGUGAUACUGAUUAUAUUCUAGCACAAAAAAGUUGUCUUGAACAAAUAACAGGUUUUGAAAUAGAUUUAAUCAAUGAUCGUCGUGAUUAUCUACAGGGUUUACAACAAAUUGAAAGCGAUGAUUUCGACAUUAAUCUUAGUGAUAAGGAAGCAACACUCAAAAAUAAGAAACUUAAAGAAGAAUUAAAAAGACUAGAAGAAGAACAAGAUCGAGUUUAUUCAUCAUGGUCAUGUGAAGUUUGUACAUAUAUCAAUGAACCAUUUAUUAAAACACGUAAAGAUGUAUGUGAAAUGUGUGAAGGACCAAGCCCAUUAAAACGACAUACAUUAACAAACUGA